CCGGAAGUAAGUUUAAUAGUAAGCUUUUUGUUUAUUUUUUUGUCAUGAUAUUCUAUUAUAUUGUGUUUUAGUUUAAUAUUUCAAGGCGUUGCUAAUAGCAUUUAGCUUAAAUAUUGGUGAAUAUAAAGAUCCAGCAAGAUGUCUGGAUUUCUAGAUAACUGUCAAUGGCCAAAGUGUGAUUGUAUUGAAUUGGGAGAGAGAAGAAACAGUGUAGCCUCAAUUGUAUCAGGAGUUAUGUUUUUCGCAGGUUGGUGGAUCGUGAUUGAUGCCGCUGCAUCUUAUCCUAGUACAACAGAUUUUAAUCAUGCUUAUCAUACACCAGGUGUUAUAGGAACGUUGGCAUUCUUUCUGAUAAAUUCUGUAUCAAAUGGUCAGAUAAGAGGAGAGUCAUAUACAAAUGGUUGUCUUGGUCAAACAGGUGCUAGAGUAUGGUUAUUUAUUGGUUUUCUGAUGUCUUUUUCUGCCUUGAUUGCUGCAUCAUGGAUUCUAUUUGGUUUUUAUGUAGUAAGUAAAGUUUCUGAACAUGACUGGCCAGGAAUUGCAGUGUUUCUUCAAAAUGCUCUGAUUUUCUUCAGUGGAUUAGUGUUUAAAUUUGGAAGAACAGAAGAUCUGUGGAGUUAGAUGAAAAUCAGUAAUAUCUAACAGAUUAAAACUGGGUGAUCAAUGAUUUCAUUGAUGGUGCAUCCUAUUUACAUGUUGACUGCUUCGAACAAUAAUUUAUAUAAUAAAACUAAUAUAAGCUUUUCAUUUAAUUAUUCUCACUCGUUCAUUAGAAUUUAUACAUUAUUUCAGUGUUAUUUAAUAGAAAUAAGAAAUAGAAGAACGAUCUAAGUCACAUUUUUCUCUUUUCGCAUAAUAGGCAAAACAGACUUUUGGACGAGAAUGCUUGACGCAAACAUAACAAAGCGAACAUAACAACGAGAACAUAACAACGAGUGGGUUUAAUUACAACUUCAAAAUGAUGUUUACUAGGAACCAUAAUUACCAGUACAACUGACUUCAACUUUUCAGGCAAAUUAAGGUUAAAUAAAGGGUACGAUAGACUUGUAUUUGUCCAGGAGCACAUUUCAAAAGGGCCUUGGUUCGAUGUGACUCCGAUCGUUUUUACCUGAAAUAGAUUGUUCCACAGAAAGCUUAUACAAUUUGCUACCAGUUGGAGCCAUUAACUGGGGUUCGUUGGAAAAGUGACUUAGAUCGUUCUUCCCCGGGGCUCUUCAUAUGUGACAAUUCUAUGGAAUACAAUAACUGUUUAUUACUGAUGAGGUCAUAAAUUGUUUUAAUGGCAUUUAGUAAUUGAACUGGAAUAUACAGGUCACAAUUCUAUGGAAUACAAUUACUGCUUAUUACAGAGCAACGUUUCGACUAGGCUUCUCUAGUCAUUAUCAAGCAAACAACACUCAGUAAUAAGCAGUAAUUCGUCUGAGGUCAGGUUUUUGGAAAUUGUAUGGUUGAUAAAGAUUAGAUAACCUAGGUGAAAUGUCGCGCCAUAAUAAAAGGUACUUGUAUUCCAUGAAUAGUAUCCUGUGUACAGAAUUUGUACAAUACUCCAAUCUUAACUCAUGCUUUUAGACAUCGGUCUCUGAAUGUGUAGUUGUAUUAUUUAUACAGAGAGUCUCUUUUAUGAGGGAAAUUUUGCCGGAAUUCCAACUCUCGGGUGUUCUUUUACUUUCGCACAACAGGACCUCAGUUUUGUCUUCCUAUCUAAACAACUAGACAGCAGAUGCUGUCCUUGCCAGACCCGUAGUUGCAUAGGACUAGGAUAAACAUUUCUAAGAGCCUUUCACACAUAACCAGUUUAAUUCACUAAAUAUAUGUCUUGUAAAACUCUUUUAAAUGUGAAAAGACUUCAUUCUUAAUCAAAGGGCAUGUUUUGUUCCUUGUUAAACAUACAUUAUGCAAGAGAUAAAUCUGCCUAUUGCAUGUCUUUCUUUAGGCCUGAAAUGUUAUAUAAACUAUUAAUUAGACAUUUAUUAACAAAACAAGACUCUCGAACGGUUAGAACGGUUCUCCAUUUAAAGAUUUAAUUUAAAAAUGGGAAAGCGAGGCUAAGGCUCGAAUAUACCAGUGCCCUGGUUACCACAAUGCACAUAUUUUAUCAAAACUACAAACAGCGAUAACUUGGCUCAGAAUGAAGUAACUUGAAUGAAAUUUUCAUUUUACAUUAUCUAUUUUUGAGCUAUUAUACAAUGUAACAAGAAUGGUCAGCUUUUUAUCUAAAUCUUACAUAAUGUAUCUUUAAGGAAUGUUUAAAUUUUUUCGAAUAUUUAAUUUUUAUUUCUCGAACAAAAUUCUAUUAUUGAUAUUAUGAAGACUAUUCUGUUUUUAAUACACACACUGUUUUUGAAUAUUUAUUGUUAUGUUGGUAAUGUAAAAAUUGUGUAGAUAAAUAAGCUGUAAUUAAAGGGACAUAUCAUUGAGUUUUCUAUUACACACAGGGCAUCAGGCAUCAAGUCAUCAACCCUUAUGAGCAGAUAUUCUUUUCUGGAAGUAAAGGAAUGAAAUGUCUCUUUGAUAGGCUAUAUUACCAAUAUUAUUCAUGUAUUAGUUAUACAUACAUACAUACAUACAUACAUACAUACAUACAUACAUACAUACAUAUAUAUAUAUAUAUAUAUUAAAAUUGUAUUCCUUAUGAGAAUGGUAAAGAGUUCCAAAUAAUGGGAACAUCAGAGGAGAAGGCACAAUCAGAACGAUUUGAUUUCGUUGGAGGUACCCUUAGUAGAUUCUUAUCACAUGAUCUUAUAUUGCGUUAAGGACAGUAAUUGGUUAGUUGUUCUUUUAAGUAUUCUGGAGCAAUGUCACAGUGGAGACAGUUAUAAGUUUAAAUGAUAGGCCUAUUUUAAACAAUUCUUUGUUUAACUGGAAGCCAGUGUAAAGCCGUGAGGAUUUCUUAUUGGUAGACGGAAGGUCACAGCAUAUCGGGGCCGUACUGUGUAAAGAUAGCAAACAAAAUGAAAGUAGGAUCUAAUUUUAAUCUAAGAUGUAAAAAUAUUUAUAACUUUGUAAAUGCUACUUUGUAAAUAAACAUUUGAUGUAUUUAUGCAUUGUAAAA